GCCUUUGCCUAUCAGACGGACUCUUGGAUGCAAAACUUCGUCUGAUAUCUCUCAUGACCUACCAGACUUUGGCCGGGUGCACGUUUGUACCUUGUCCUGCGUCUUAAACCCUUCGCUUGAAUGGAGGCGAUAAAAGAAGACUCGGAGUUUUCUGUCGACGACGACCAUGAGACAGUUGUUAGCUCUGAUAACGAGGCGGCGAUACGCGGCGUCGUAUUUGGCAAGUCGGUCCGUUCCUCAUUUGCCUCGCUUCACUUGGCUUGUCCCAUUCAGGAUAGUGGCGAUUAUAAUGACGAUGAAAAUAUGGAUCACGUUUUGGUACGAUUGCAGUUUAUGAAGGACAAUAAAGAACUCAGGUCCCAUUGUCGCCGAUUUUGCAAGUUGGGAGAUUUCAUGACAAUUCGCGGAGGAACUUGGAAGUCAAUUGCUGAUACGAAGGUAGACACACAAUGGCAAGCACCGCGGAUGGUCGUCGACCUGCAUUCAUUGAAAGACGCUACAAGGAUUCUGCGAUUGACUACACCACGAUGUUGGAAUAUGAAACGCUGUCAAAAUUGGCAACAAGAAUAUCUCGACGUCAACCCAUUACAAGGAAAGAUUACGGGGCUAAAUUCCGCUUUAUCCUCCUCCGAUACUAUCCUUAGCACUCCUCAACUGGGUGGAAGGAAUUGCCACGCCGGUGGACUCGGGAAACGGAGACAGGGCGAGUACGUGACCAACUUUCUCGUUAAUAUGACAAUGCAGCAGAUAUUCGAUCGUAAGCAUCCGAUUACGCAUGCAUUUCCAGAUUCAUCAGAAUGGGCUACCCUAGACGGAAGUAUGACCAAACUCAAGUUCCCUCAUUUACUAGUUCUCCGUCAGCAAGCUAUUGAUGCUCUCAAUGGCGGUACUGGCGUCGUCGAUGCCGCUGGUGGAUCCGGACAUGUCUCCAUGGCACUUGGAUUGGCUGGUGUACAGUCCACAAUCGUCGAUCCAAGACCAAGUACUGAUCCUCAUCCAUCGCGUGCACUUUUUAUUAGAGAGACUGUGGGAAAACUUCCAGGUAGAGAUCGAAAAAUUUGGAAUCGAGCGAUGCACAAGCGACGAAUGCACUCAUUGCAACCAAACCUCGAGUUAGUAGAUGACGGUUCAACUAUGUAUUGUCAGCCGGUCCAGUACAGCUCGUAUCGAGCCUGGUUUGGUAAACCUGUGGAGUUUCGACACGACGAACAAGCAUCCUUGCCAGUUUGUGAAGGAGACCACUAUUUGUUGUCGAACUGUACGGCUAUUGUAGCGCUGCAUCCUGACAAAGCUACGGACGCAAUCGUUGACGUAGCAAUUCAGAGACAAGUGCCUUUGGUGAUUGUUCCAUGCUGUGUCUUCUUUCGACUGUUUCCGCAUCGAAGAAGACCCGGUAUCGAUAAACCCGUAAGCACUCACGAGGACUUGCUCCAUUUCUUAUCGGGAAAAGAUCCGACCAUACGUCGGACGACCUUGCCGUUCGAAGGAGCAAACACGAUCCUUUGGUCAGUAUUUUGA